AUGGCUUCAAGUUCGCAUAUCGGCGUCAUCGGCGCAGGCAUUUCAGGCCUCCGCUGCGCCGACAUCCUCAUCCAAAACGGGGCCCGAGUAACAAUCCUAGAAGCAAGAGAUCGCAUUGGUGGGAGAGUGCACCAAUCAACAGUGGGAGACCAUGCAGUGGAUCUAGGCCCUAAUUGGAUCCAUGGCGCGGGGGAGAACCCUAUCAUGACCAUAGCGGAAGAAACGGGGACCGUCAUGUAUGAUCCCGAGGGUGGAAGGCAUAUCUCCUACUCGCGAGACGGUCACCCGGUCAAUGACGAAGUGAAUGCUAAAGUCCAGGACUUUGUAUGGACUACCAUAGCGGAAGCCUUCAAAUACAGCAAUCACCAUGGAGAAAGUAUCCCCGUCGAAACGAGUCUGUUCGAUUUCUUCUGCGAACGAGUCCAACAAACCAACUUCUCAGAUGAAGAGAAACAGCUUUGUCUCGAGGCCUGUAGGCUGUGGGGUGCAUAUGUCGGUGAUCAAGUCGACAAGCAGAGCUUGAAAUUCUUCCGUCUGGAAGAAUGCGUUGAUGGCAGCAACUUCAUCGUGGCAUCUACAUACAAGCGCAUCCUAGAGCACGUCUCCAAAACCGCCGUCGCUAAAGCCGACAUCCGCCUCAACGAACCCAUCACCAGCAUCAACGCACCACCUCGCAACAUCCAAUCCCAGACAAAGCACCAAGUAACCGUAACAACAGCAACAGGAACAACCUACAACUUCGACGAAGUAGUCGUAACAUGUCCCCUGGGCUGGCUGAAGCAAAACACCUCAGCAUUCACGCCCGCUCUUCCACCUCGUCUCGAACAAGCAAUUACCAAUAUAUCAUAUGGCCGACUAGAAAAAGUCUACGUGACAUUCCCGCGAGCCUUCUGGCACACCAACGACACCAACACCUUAACAACCCAAACCACCCAAACCACCAACACUGUCUUCGCCCAAUUCCUCGACCCAUCCUACACACCCCACCCAACACACAUAGAAUGGAACCAAGAAUGCGUGUCGCUAGCCUCACUCCCAGACCCACACGCCCAUCCAACCCUCCUCUUCUACACAUACGGCGACGGUGGCGCAGAGAUAAUAAACCGUCUCUCGGGGCUAGAGCCCUCAUCAUCUAAAUACGGAGACUCGCUAAUCGAAACACUGCAUCCCUUCUACUCCCGACUCCCCGGGUACAGCGCGGAGAAUCCGGAUUGUGUGCCGGUUGCGCUGCUUGCUACGCAGUGGCAGAAGGAUGAGUUUGCUGGGAAUGGGUCGUAUUGUAAUUUCCAGGUUGGGGUUCAGGAGGCGGAUGUUGAUAUUGAGGUUCUUAGGUCCGGGGAUGGGAUUGGUCCGGUUAGGGGACUUUGGUUUGCUGGGGAGCAUACGGCGCCGUUUGUGGCGCUUGGGACUACUACCGGUGCGUACUGGAGUGGGGAGAGGGUUGCGAGAUUGGUUUGUCGUGGGGUUGGGAUUGGGGAGGUUGGGGGGAUGGGAGGUCAAAGAUGA